AUGGUUCAUGGUCAUGCUCACGGGACAAGCCGUUUUAUCGAGUCAAAAUGUGUCGCAAAAGCCAAAUUAGGAAUCCGGUUUGUUCUGCCUAUUAGGAUUAGUAAGUUAGGACUUACCCAUUACCUGGUGCAGAUGUCAAAUCACAGAGGAGGUCACGAGAGGUCGAGGGAUUUAUCAUUGGGUCAGGGUCAGAGUGCGCCAGAGGAUAUGGGUAGAAGUGAGCCAUCAGAUGUGGCUAUGCACAGCAAUGAAGAAGAAGGUCAGCCUGAGGAGAUGAUGCAUGAAAACAUUCUUAAGACAGAUGGGCAAGCUGAGAAUCCGGACUACGAAUAUCCAGAGAGAAGGGAGUACUCUAUGUCACCUUACUCAUCCUCCAUUCACUCUCAAGGGACGAGGUCUCAUCAUCCACCGCUUAGGAAUGUUCGAGUUGAGCAUUCCGGAUCUGCGAAUCAACAAGCACGACAAGGUGCUGAGGCACCAUCGGAACCAGGAGAUCAACAACGGGCCGAUACAACUUUAUCCAUGGUGCAUGAUCUUUUAUCCCAAGUGUUGCACCAGGCCAUACUAGGCACAAGCAACGGAAUAGCUCUACCACCAUACUUUCUCAAGAUAGCAACAAUCAUGAAGACCUUAAGAACCUAUCUAUUCAAUGGAGAGCCGGACCACUACCAGGCGGAUGCAUGGCUACAAUGUGUGGAGAAGAACUUUUCAGCGACCAGAUGUACAAACGACUUUAAAAGGGACGUUGGAGUCUAUCACCUAGAGAAGGAGGCGUUAAGCUGGUGGGAAAGCAUGAAUCGACAGCAGGAGUAUCACAUCGACAGAUGGGAAGGGUUCAAAAAGGAGUUUGAACAGAAAUACUUUCCAUCCGAAGCAGGAGAUCACCUAGCCAAUGAGUUUAUGCGACUAAACCAAGGCGAGAAGAGCGUUCGAGAAUAUGAAGCGGAGUUUAUGAGACUACAGCGGUAUAUCUCAUACUGCAACGUGGAUGAUAAAGCCCUAGUGAGACAGUUCAUGGAAGGACUAAAGCCAAAGAUAGAAAGUCGACUACAGUCAGUCACUUUCAGUAAUCUCCAUGAAGUGAUAGAAAGAGCAGUGGAUGUGGAGGCGUAUCUGCAAAAGGAGAAAGCCGCUUGGAAGAAAAGAAAAAUGGAUUCCAGAGCCGCAACUAAGUCAAAGAAAGGAGGCCAGAAAUCCGGGAAUGAUGGCGAAUCAUGCUACACAUGUGGAGGAAAGGGACAUUUCGCUCGAUCUUGUCCCCGUACUAUUUCAGUACCAGAUCUUCCAAUACGUGCGACAUGCUACAUCUGUGGAGAGAAAGGACAUUUCUCCCCAAAUUGUCCUCACAAGAUCGUUGAAGUGGCGACAAGACCUAGAAGCGUCGAGCUGACCAAUGAACGGAUCCCCGACCAAUCGUCUGACAAGCAUGGGUGA